AUGGACUGGACAGAGUUGGAUGUUCAUCCUCGUAUCAUCUCCGCUGUUCAUAAGGCAAACAUCAAGUCUGCCAAAGAUCUUUUUACUUCCUCCAUUGGGGAUUUGCAGAAAGUGACUCAGCUCUCCAUUCCUGACAUCUAUGACUUGCAGAAAGCAGCUUCUGCAGCUCUCCAGAAACAUUCAGCACUUACAGCAUUGCAGCUUUACAAAGAAAAGACCCGAUUCCCAUCUCAGCACCAGAAGCUGGGCCUGGGGUGUGGAGUUCUAAAUAACCUGCUGAGAGGAGGACUCCCCCUGGUGGGCAUUACAGAGCUGGCGGGAGAGAGCUCCGCGGGAAAGACUCAGAUCGCCCUGCAACUUUGCCUUUCCGUUCAGUACCCAGAGACCAAAGGUGGGCUCGGAACAGGGAGAAGGGCUGUGUACAUCUGCACAGAAGACGCCUUUCCAGAUAAGCGCCUCCAGCAGAUGAUAAAAUCUCAGCAUAGACUGAGAACGGAUGUCCCGGCAGACGUCGUGCGCAAAAUCCGCUUUGGAGAUCAUGUUUUCAUCGAGCAUGCAGCUGAUAUAGACAUGUUCACCGAGUGCAUCACCAAGAAGCUUCCCAUCCUCCUCCUGCGAGGUCAGGUCCGCCUGAUCGUCAUAGACUCUAUCGCUGCUUUGUUUCGCUGUGAAUUUGCUGCAAAGGAUGCCGUCAUCAAAGCUAAACAUCUUCAGACGAUUGGGGCCAAACUCCAUCAGUUAAGCCGAGACUUCACAACUCCUGUAUUCUGCAUUAAUCAGGUUACAGAUGCUAUGAAAGAAGGAGACUCUGUGCUGAACCAUAUUGGUUUUCAGGAUAGAAAGGUGCUACCAGCCUUGGGGAUUUCUUGGUCAAACCAGCUGCUGAUGAGACUCAUGGUGGCGCGGACACAGCGUGAGGCUCCUCCUCCAUUCAUAGACUGUGUUCUACGGACAAUGGAAGUCAUCUUUGCGCCACAUAUUCCACAAGCCACCUGCUACUACACAGUGGACUUAGAAGGUGUGAAAGGAAUUGGGAUACAGGGCUUAUAAUACUGUCCA